AUGUCUGGCGCUGCUGGUAUGGUGAUCAUGUUCCACGUCGACCAAGAUCAAGUCGAGUCCUAUUUCGAGCCACAUCAAGGGAUGCACUACCAGCUACCUGCUGUCCGAAUACUUGACUACCUCCAUCUCCGUAGAUGGGAAGUCGCCCCUGCCACAACUCGCAACAUCAUAGCCAUUCUCCCCGGGCAGACUGAAGAGCGAGUAAUCUUCGAAACUCACAACAACGGCUAUACAUACGUCCAGGAGAAUGGCCCGGUCGCUUUGCUAGCCCUGACGCAGGACUUUGCCAAGCAGCCACUCAGCUCACGAAAACAUACGAUUGAGUUCGCUUUCAACACUAGACACCUCCAUAUUUCUAAGGAAGUCACGCUUCGACAUUUUCAGCAACUAGAUCGCACCUUCGAUGACAAAAAACCUCGCAUUGGUCAUCCUGGUUGA